AUGGCGCUGACACCAUAGCAGCAGUACAUUUCGCCGGUAACGCCGAUAUUUGGCUAAUUAAUCUACUGAAAAUGGCUGUGAAUCUUUCGCUUCGAGUUGCCAAAAAGGUGGCACCAUCAGUGGUUCAAAAAUGUAUCCCAGCGAGUUCAAGCUUACACACAAGCACGGAAAGGAAGGCAAACAAACCACAUGUGUCGACAAGGCCAGCAAAGUACCUAAUCAAUCACUCCAGGGUCCGAGGGAUGGACAUUCUUAGGAACCCCAAACUGAACAAGGGCACAGCCUUUUCUCUGAAGGAACGCCAGCUGAUGGGAAUCCAUGGACUUAUUCCGCCGGCAGUCAGAAGCCAGGACGAACAAGUUGUCAGGGUCAUGACAAACUUCUACAAACGUGCAAAUGAUCUUGACCGUUAUGUGUACCUGACGGCACUCCAGGAUCGUAAUGAGCGUCUGUUCUAUCGUGUGUUGACAGAACAUACAGAAGAGAUGAUGCCCAUCGUGUACACUCCUAUUGUUGGUCAGGCUUGUCAGGAGUAUGGUGUCGUGUUUCGGAGACCUAGGGGCUUGUUUCUUUCCAUCAAUGACAAGGGUCAUCUGUAUGAAAUGAUUUGCAACUGGCCAGAGAGAGACAUUAAGGCUAUUGUUGUUACUGAUGGCCAGCGUAUCUUGGGUCUGGGUGAUCUUGGUGCUUGUGGAAUGGGUAUCCCUGUGGGUAAACUGUCACUUUACACAGCCCUUGGCGGAAUCCCUCCAGAUCAGUGUCUACCCAUCACACUUGAUGUAGGCACAAAUAAUGAGAGAUACCAUAAUGAUCCCCUGUACAUCGGUCUUAACCAGAAGCGAGUGACUGGAGAAGUAUAUGAUGAAUUUAUAGAUGAGUUCAUGCAGGCUGCCACACGGAGGUAUGGGCAGAACGUGCUGAUCCAGUUUGAGGAUUUUGCCAAUCAGAAUGCAUUCCGCUUCCUUGAGAAGUACCGACACAAAUACUGCAUGUUCAAUGACGACAUUCAAGGAACUGCAUCUGUGGCUGCGGCAGGAGUGUUUGCAUCUCUACGUAUCACUGGGAAGAAACUCAUAGACAACACCUUCCUGUUCCAGGGUGCUGGAGAGGCUUCUAUUGGCAUUGCCUACCUGCUUGCUCUUGCCAUGGAGGAGGAAGGUGCCACAAGGGAACAGGCACUCAGCAGGAUAUACAUGGUGGACUCAAGGGGACUUAUUGUCAAUAACCGUCCUUCAGGUGGUGUAACAGGACACAAACAAGACUUUGCCAAAGAUGUCAAACCCAUGACUUCCCUAGAAGAAAUAGUGAAGGAAAUUAAGCCAACUGCAUUGAUAGGAGCUGCAGCCGUCCCAGGAGCUUUCACUGAGGAAGUGUUGAGGACAAUGGGCCAGAUCAAUGAUAAGCCAAUCAUCUUUGCUCUCAGUAACCCAACAUCAAUGGCUGAGUGCACAGCAGAACAAGCCUACACCCUAACUGAGGGUCGAUGUGUGUUUGCCAGUGGCAGCCCUUUCCCAGCAUGUACUAUUGGAGGGAAAACCCUGUACCCUGGUCAGGGUAACAACGCUUACAUCUUCCCAGGGGUAGCUCUCGGAGUCAUCACAUGUGGUGUCAGACACAUCCCUGAGGUUGUCUUCCUGGCUGCUGCCCGGAGCUUGUCCAAGAUCGUAACUGACCAGGAUCUUGAGGUGGGCCGUGUGUAUCCUCCCUUGAGCAACAUCCGGGAGGUGUCCAUCAAGCUGGCUACCAAUCUGGCGGAGUAUGUGUAUGCCAAUGGUCUAGCCUCCACCUACCCAGAACCCAAGGACAAGGAGGAGUUCAUCAGAUCCCACAUCUAUGUUACUAACUACGAGAGCUUCGAACCCGAGACCUGGGACUGGCCACAGCAGUGAGAGUAUCUCAGUGAUUAGAAGAUAAUGGUCAUGGCUGAUGGUGAUGUGUGGUGAAGUUUGUAGGAAUAGCUGUUUCAAGAAGAUAUGAGUAUUUGUAGAAAAGAUAUGUUUUGUAUAUUCGAUAUUUUUGUAGGUCUAAGCAGAGCUGUCGCUAUUUUCAAACUGUUGCCAGAGACUAAGAAAUACAGCCAAAGAAAUGUCCUAGCAUUUGUUGAAUAUUUCUUUGGAUGUAGGAUUUAGGAAUCAGAAUAUUUUGAGGUUGUUUCUGUUUCAGGAGUUCACACAAGCAAAUAUACAUUUACUUUGAUCAAAUAUCAUUUUCAUAUGUAUACUCUGAUAUUUUUGCAACACCUGAUAUGUUAUGAUUGAUUGCAUAUCAUUCUGUUAAUUUUAAGUUAAUGACAUUUAGGCCAAACAUGGUGUAAAUUUUCUGCGUCUGCUUACUGUUUAGGGAGAAUAGUCUUGAGUGAAAUUUCCAAUUUCCUAUCAAAUCUACCCAAGGUCCCACUAUAUUGGACAUCCGAUUAAGAUGUUUCGCAAUGCUAUCCAUUAAUGUGUGAACAGCCUUUUCAUAAGAAGCUCCUUGAGGAAAGUUUUUUCUGAGUUUCAAUAUCAGUUCAUCAUCAUUGACUAUUUUAUACUCAUGUUUUCAGUUUUCAUGGGCUCAGUUUUUGCAAUAGUUUGACAAUUUAAUGCAAAUGUUUGACAAUUAUUAAACUAACAUUGGAUACUAUGAAACUCAUUCAUUUCAUUGUCUGACCAUGACCAGGGCAACAGCCAUAUCAGAACAUUCAAAAAGGAACGUGAGAUUAAAAUGUCUUUGAGAGGAGAGGAAUAUUCGAGGAAGAUACUAUCUCUCUCAUCUGAAAGUUAUAUUCUUUUUUUUCAAAUGUGAGGUGUUGUUUGGUCUUAGGUGCACAUGGAUCAAGUGUGUAUUCAGAUUCAGUGUAUAGGAUUAUAGUUUGUAACAGAGCUUUAUCCAGGGUUACUGAGACACUACUGAUGCUGAUACUGAUUUCAUCCUGUCAUUGAAUGAGUUCAAUAAAUACCACCCACUGAAACAAUUCCAGGGAACAUAUAUAAGGUCCAAUGAAACCAAGCAUGAUGGUUAAACUGAUUUGUGGUAAAUAUUCAUUGUAACAUGAGAUUUUCAAAGAAUUUAAAGCUUAAAAAUGUGGACAAAUGUUUAUGACUUUUACCUGGAAAAAUAUGUUUUCAAACUCAUGAAAUAUACUGUCAUAUUGGGCUGCAACGAUUCACCCAGACCUCGAUUCGAUUGGCGAUGUCUACUAACGACAAUUGUAAUUUUAUGAUUAGCCCGGCAUCAACCAAUCAUGUUUCACCUUAUUUCAGUGCUCCAAACUGCUCGAGUUGGGGUCAAAAUUACGUUCUGGCUGUGUGGAAAUAAUUUAAAUAGGUAUUCAAAUGUCGAAUUGAAAUAGUGAUAAUGGUUAUCGAAAAUCGAAACUAAGGUGUCAGAUUCCAUUUUCGAUGAAUUGAACCGAAUCGUUGCAGCCCUACUGUCAUAUAAGUGAGAAGCCAUGAAAACAUUAAUAUCAUACUCAUAUUUAAGAAUAUUCCCAUAUCUGAAAACAUCACAGAUUGUAAGUUUCUUCCAUCAGCAACACAUCCUGGGUAAAGCCCUGUCUUUAACAGUAUGACAGUUGUGAUGUUAAACCUUCAGUCUUUCUGGAGCUCAAGGUGAAUUGUUCGUCCUGGGGAGGGCAUUAGUUACUUGUCUUAAGAAAAUCCCACCAACAGAUACACACUUCUCUGUAUCCUGGUUAAGGAAUGCUAAUUCUGUAUUGUUGUAGCUCCAUAUCAAAGUUACAAUACUUUACUUCUGUCAUGUAUCCGUUUGUUAUGUUAGCAGUGCUGUUAGUGCUCCUGUUAUAUUCUUCAAGAACCUGAUUUGAAAACUUAAAGUUCCUUAUGAACAUUGGAACAGGUUCUGAUGACUAAAUAUAUUUGAUCGUGUUUGAGAUUAUUGUGUAAAAAUUGUUAUUGUUGACCUUAUUUUGUUUAGAAAUCUGAAAUCUCAUUUUGUUUUGACUUUAUAGUUGUUACCAAGCGUUUAGUUGGUGAAGUUUUCUCUUUUAAGGGAGACAUGAAAUACUUCCGGUGUUUUAAUUGUUUGUUUUAGGACAUGACAUUGAAAGUUCAUGAACAACCAGAUGACAUAACUGCAGUGAAUGGUCUCAAACUGACAUGCAGCUUUAACAUUCUGUUAGGCCAGACCAAUUUUAUUACUUGUUUUACAGAUUUUUGUCCUCAGAAAACCUUAAGGCAGGAGGGAAAAAAAUAAAAAAUAAAAAUCACCAAAGUAAUACUCCUUUUAAAUA